AGGGGUGCCCUCUUGUUGAAGUUAGGUAUAUUUUAAAAUUACCUAAGAUACCUGGUAUUGAUCCAUACCUAUAUUUUAACUUUUCUACCUUUGUAGCUACAUGUAACUUGAAUACCUGUGUGAGUAUUGUACAUAGAUAAUAUGUAGGUAGGUGCUCACUCAAUUGCAGUGCUCUCUCUUACCCCUGAAACCUGCGAUGAAUUCCGGAUAAGGACUUCCCGAGCUUGGGCUCAUGGAUAUGACAACAUUGUGCACCGACCCAGAAGCUCCAAUGGUCGGUGUUUGUAUAACUUCUUUAAAACUCUUAUUCUUCUCCUUUAGACUCUGGAACAUCAGAUACUUUAAUUACCUAACUAUCUCCUAAAGUACAAAAAAUACAGCCAGAGCUUACAUCUACAUCUCAUAAUGGCAGAACCUACACCAACCAGCACAAACCCGCCAAGCAACAUCAGCCUACGCGCCCCGUCCAAGUACCUCGCAGACCCCUCCAAACCAUCAACUACCACCGGCAACCCAUUCGUCUCUCCACCACUCGAAUGGCUCUGGCGCACCUGGGCGGUCACCCACUCGACGUUGUCGAUGUGGCGCUCGGCUCGGAACGUGCGCAUAACCUACAAGCCGUAUAAGCCCGAAUCCAAACCCGUUGCAAACGACAACCUAGUCGAAUAUGAGAAGAGCAACGGCAAGGGAGGCGUCAAGCGCGUCGAAGGCAUCGAGAAGCCCGACUCGACUAUUCCUGGUGCCUGGACCUGGCGGGGCAAGGGCUUGCUGGUUAUAGCUAGCAGCCAUUGGGAGAUUUUAGGCUGGGGCGAGCGCCCACUGGCCGGCGGCCCAGAUGAUACUGGAGGAGGUGUUGAGCGCUGGGCUGUGACCUGGUUCGCACCUACUUUAUUCACGCAGGAGGGCGUAGAUAUUUACAGUGACCGCAAGGAAGGCCUGAGCAAAGAGACGGUGGAAGGGAUUAUCAAGGCAUUGAAAGAACUUAACGAUGCACCAAAGGUUGCCGAGCUAGUCGAGAAGCACAUGCAGGAGGUUGAAAUUAGCUUACCGUGGAAAGAAGGAAAUAAAUAAUUGCCUAGAGUAUUGAGGUUGGAAGUCUAGAAUGGUGGUUUAGGGUUGUAAAUUAUUUAUGAUACCCAUAGAGUAGGACGUGGUAGGGCGAGGAGUAGUAUGAUAUCCAUCUAAUCAUAUCAC